AUAAAUAACCUACGAUUGAAGAUGAUUAUAACUAAAGUCAAUAUAUGAAACAUGUUUUGCAAGUUUGUGGAACUCAAACAUCCCUUUUCUGUAUUAAAACUGCAUUAAAUGAUAAAAUAACACACGCGAUAAACAUCAGAAAACAUAGGUUAUGUUUGUUUGUUUGAAAAACUUAAACAUAACUUAAAGAAGGUUAUGUUCAUCUAUGGCUAUGUUUGUUGUCUUCAUCACUUCAACUAAAUAAUCGGUUGUUUUUUAUUAAAACACCGCUUAAAAUACUUGACCUAAGUAUUAAGUGCUUUAAGUAUUACGUGUUAUUAAAGUAGACAUUUAGAAAAAGUAUUGUUCCAGUAAUUUCUUCAAAUAUUGUAAACAAUAUGGUGUAAUAAAGUCGUGUUUUCUAUCAAUAUUUAAAGUAAAGACGUUUUAACUUAAAUUUUCAAAAAUGGGUAGUGAUUGUGAAGCUAGUGAAGAUACUGUAACGUUAAUAGGUGAACAUGGUUCAAAAGGACAUUGUAAAAGUAAUUUGAAAGGUGACAGGCUGAAUAUCGCAUUGCUGUUUUUUUUGUAUACACUCCAAGGCAUUCCACUUGGUUUAAGUGCAGCAAUUCCAAUGAUGUUACAAAAUCGUGGGAUUAGUUAUAAGCAACAGGCUGAAUUUAGUUUUGUUAACUGGCCCUUUAGCCUCAAACUACUGUGGGCACCAGUUGUAGACUGCAUUUAUUCUGCUAGAUUUGGUCGAAGAAAAUCGUGGCUUAUACCAACACAGUAUUUAAUUGGAGCAUUCAUGUUAUUGCUAAGUAGUUAUGUGGACCAGUGGCUAGGAAAUGAAAGCACAACUCCAAAUGUUGCUGUAUUAACAUUGCUUUUCUUCAUACUUAAUUUUUUGGCUGCUACUCAAGAUGUAGCAGUUGAUGGGUGGGCUUUAACCAUGUUAAAGAAACAAAAUGUGGGAUAUGCAUCGACUUGCAACAGUGUGGGACAAACUGCUGGAUUUUUUCUUAGUUUUAUUCUCUUUAUGGCUUUGGAAUCUCCAGAAUUUUGUAAUAAUUAUUUAAGAAGUAUGCCACAAAAAGAAGGAAUUGUUACUCUGCCAGGAUUUUUGUAUUUCUGGGGCUGGAUAUUCCUCUUAACAACUACUGUAGUGGCUUUAUUUAAAACUGAGCGCAAAGAAGAUGUGGAACAUGACAAUUUUGCCAAUGGCGAUCUUAAGAAAGCCUAUUUGCUGCUUCUUCAAAUUUUAAAAUUGGGACCUGUCCAGAUUCUGGUUGCUAUUCUAUUGACAAGCAAAAUUGGUUAUUCAGCCACUGAUAGUGUUAUGUUUCUUAAAUUAGUCGAAGCCGGAAUUCCCAAGGAAAAAUUGGGACUUAUGGGGGUUCCUUUGUUGCCCUUACAAAUUUUAUUACCCUUAGUAAUAUCCAGAUACACCCAUGGGCCCAAGCCUUUGAACAUUUAUUUGGCAGUAAUACCGUUCAGACUGUUCUUUGGUGUAAUUGCGGCAUUUUUGGUAUGGGUCACCCCCUAUAUGGUACCUGAAGGCUCGGAAGAACUGCCAAUCUCUUACUAUUUGUUGCUUCUAAUUUGCUAUGCUGUACACCAGGUGUGUUUGUAUUCAAUGUUCGUUUCUGUGAUGGCAUUUUUCGCCAAAAUAAGCGACCCCUCAGUGGGAGGGACUUAUAUGACUUUAUUGAACACAGUGACUAAUUUGGGGGGCAAUUGGCCUGCCACUUUGGCCUUAUGGUUUGUUGAUAUGCUAACUUUUAAGCAAUGCGAAGGAGUUAGUUUCACAGACAACACUUGUAGCAGCAAAUUGGAGAAGGGGGUUUGUGAAGGAGCUGGUGGUAAAUGCAGGACUUGGAUAGACGGCUUUUAUGUGGAAACAGUGAUAUGCAUAUUAAUAGGUUUGGCAUGGCUGUCUUGGGGUAAAAGGAAAAUAAAUUAUGUUCAAUCAUUAGACGAAAGGUCUUGGCGUAUAUCAAAAAAGUCCAGGUAGUUGACUCCCUUUGAUAGCCAAUUAAUUUUAUAGGAAAUUAUUGCACCUUUAACUCAAUUUAAUUAAUUAAUUAACUUGUAUUGUCAUUAUUACUAUUUUGUUGUUAUAAUUGAUAAUAUGUCAGGGGAGUAAAUAGUCUUUAAUGUGGUAUUUAUUGGUGUAUCAAGCAAUAUAAUUGCUUUUUUGUUAUAAUUUAUAUUGGCUGUUAUUUAUUUUAUUUUAUUGCAAAUCAAAUGAUGGAAAGGAAAAGUAACAAUUAAUAAAUAUGAAAA